AUGAAUGAAAAUUUCGAUCCCGAACGCGAUUAUUAUGAGGUUUUUAAAGCAGAAUUUUCAAGGUCUCGCGACAGUGAAGGGCAUACCCUUAUGCCAUAUCUUGUGCUCAAAUGCGUCUUAGCUUUUGCGUCGAGAGUUGGUUUCAUUUUCAUUCACGUAGGCAGCAUACCCGUGGAAAACGUGUACUCGAUAGUAGUCUAUAACCUCUUGGAGAUCUCUGUAGGAAUUCUUUCGUACGGCUUAAUAGGCAAUCUGAUAGCUUUCCGCACUAGCACAGCAGAGGGUUGGAUUAGUCUUGGCAAGUGGAAAUGGGACGAUGUCUCUUCGAUGACUCAAGAUUCAAAUCUUUCCCUGAUAGGUGGUUUCUGCAGCAUUCUGCUUGCAACAGCCCAAAUGUCCUCAUUUCUCGUCGGGAGAACUAAACUGGUUGGUGGAAUGUUAUUGACGGCGUUCUACAGUGGCAUAUUCCAACCUUUCUUGAUGCACUGGAUCUGGCACGAGAGUGGGUGGAUGAGACUCUCCAAAUUUUUAAACGUCGAUGUGUCAGUGCAAGAUCAUGCUGGUGUCCUCGCGCUUCAUAUCCCCAGCGUUAUUCUCGGAACGACAGGUUCACUCUUUCUGGGCAGAAGAAUUUUAAAGCUGAGAGAAAUAGACGGAUUAAGUUUUGGUACCGAACACGUAAUAAUUACUGUAAUCGGAUAUCUUCUAAUUAUCUUCAACUAUAUCAUAUUUGCACUGCCGAUGUACGAAGUGAAUAAUGAAAACGUCGCACUCAUUGUCAUCAAUGGUUUUUUAGCUGUUGGAGCAGGCAUUUUUACUGUGACUAUCUUCCAAUGCAUCAUCUUCCGUGACAUUUCCCACCACAGGAGGAUAAUUAGAAGCGUCCAAGGAGGCGUAGCAGGAUUAAUAUCAAUCGCAGCUGCUAUCAACCUUUAUACCCCCUCAGUUACGAUUAUGAUAUCAAUAAUUACGUCCAUCGUUUUCUUUUUCUUCGCAGAACUGAUACAUAACACUGCCCUUGAAGACCCUUGCAGUUUUGUUUCGUCUCAUUUGAUAUGCGGAUUUAUAGGUGUAAUGGUGUGUCCACUAGCGGCACAAAAGGAAAAUUUUGGAUACACGGCAAGGAUAGAGAUACUUGGGGUGCACCUGCUCUGGCAGUUUAUCUGUACCUGCGCAGUUAUUGGCAUGAGUGUUGUUGUCGCGUUAUUCCUAUUCCUGCUAUUAUUGGUUUCACGGAUUUUGAAGAAUCGUUUCGAAAUUGCAAACCACAAAAGGGCUGCCGUUCUCCGUGAUGCUCUCACCAAGAGGGCAUACCUUGAAAGGCUGUUUAGUAUAAACAGUACAACCGAUUAUGUAGUGCCAGGGUAUUGGAAAUCAUUCUUUGAUACGGAUAAAGCUGCUGAUAAGGGGAAAAGAGCUUGUGUGAACAAUAUUAUUCUUUCUGAUGGUGAUAAAUUGAGAGGAAAUGAAAUUUCGCAAGGAGAGAACAAUACAGGAUUUAAUGCUACGGUGGUGCAGGUUACGUCGGGGCAAGUACCUGCAAAUGUGAAUGCAAACUGGCUAAUGUACGGUUCUGGAGAUUACAACCCUGACAUGCAAAGAAAAAACGUAGCUAAUUUUAAAAAUCCGACAGAUGUCCGAUUACCGCGGCACCUUAUGGAAAAGAUAUGA